UCGCGUAGAUCGCGUCGAACGUGCAUACAACGCCUCCACCACGACCUCGCCCGCUAUUACGUUCCCUCAUCUCUCCCAGCUCCCCACCGCCCCCUAAUCUCCCCCAGCAUCCACCCCCACCAUGUCCUACGAAUCCACUCGCAAGCGUUACGAGGCCGCCGGACAGGGCCACCUGCUCCAGUUCUGGCCGAAGCUGUCCGAGCCGGAGCGCGCAUCCCUGCUCGCACAGCUCGACGCGCUCGACAUCGAUCGCGUGAACAAGAUAUACAAGAGGGCCGUCGGCUCUGAGAAGGAGGCGGCGGGGAACGCGGGCAAGGACGCCAUCGAGCCCCUGCCCGAGGACGCUACUGACAGCGUGAUUGGUGACCCCGAGAAGGAGAAGGAAUGGCGGAGCAUAGGCUUGAAGGCCAUCGCGCAUGGCCAGGUCGGCGUGCUGCUCAUGGCUGGCGGGCAGGGAACGCGACUGGGCAGCAGUGCGCCGAAGGGCUGCUACGACAUCGGCCUGCCGUCACACAAGUCUCUGUUCCAGUACCAGGCCGAGCGGAUCGCCCGCCUGCAGACGGUAGCCGCGCAGGAGAACGGCAAGGCCCCCGGAUCAGUCGUCAUUCCCUGGUACGUUAUGACCAGUGGACCCACUCGGCGGGAGACGGAGGCAUUCUUCAAGAAGAACAAUUACUUUGGCCUUUCCUCGAAGAACGUCGUCCUCUUUGAGCAAGGUACGCUGCCAUGUCUCACGAUGGACGGCAAGGUCAUCCUGGAGAACCCUUCGCAAGUCGCCGUCGCCCCGGACGGCAAUGGCGGUCUUUAUGCCGCCCUCCGCAAGCCGCUCGAUCCCUCCGAGUCGCGCACAGUCCUCUCCGAUUUCGGCGAACGCAAAGUGCAGUACAUCCACAGCUACUGCGUGGACAACUGCCUCGUCAAGGUCGCGGACCCCGUCUUCCUCGGGUACUGCAUCCAGAAGCAGGCGGACUGCGCCGCGAAGGUCGUGCCCAAGGCGUACCCAGCCGAGUCCGUCGGCGUCGUCGCGCGGUGGGGCGACAAGUACAGCGUGAUCGAGUACUCGGAGAUCUCCAAGGAGCAGGCGGAGCGGCGCGACCCCAAGACGGGCGGGCUCGCGUUCCGCGCGGCGAACAUCGUGAACCACUUCUACACGACCGCGUUCCUGCACGACACCGAGACGUUCGAGGAGGAGCUCGCGUUCCACAUCGCGCGCAAGAAGAUCCCGUUCGUGGACGCGCAGGGCCAGACCGUCAAGCCGGCCAAGCCGAACGGCAUGAAGCUCGAGAUGUUCGUGUUCGACGUGUUCCCGUUCACGAAGCACUUCGCCGUCCUCGAGGUCGCGCGGAACGAGGAGUUCAGCCCGCUCAAGAACGCGCCCGGCACGGGCUCGGACGACCCGGAGACGAGCCGCCGUGACCUGCUCUCGCAGCACAAGCGUUUCCUCGAGCACGCUGGUGCCACUGUCGCGGAGGGCAUCGAGAUCGAGGUUUCCCCACUGGUCUCAUACGCCGGUGAGGGAUUGGAGGGAGUGAAAGGAAAGAAGUUCACCCGUUCCGGCAUGGUUGAAUCAGUGGAGGAGUUGGACGCACUCGUCUAAAGCAGAAGAAACCAAAGGUGAUCCUCAACGCUCCCCCGGACGGACCUGUACAACAUAGCUAGCCUAAACUCUUCGCAUCUGGACACGGACAUCGCAUAGGGACUUUGUUUAGUUUGGAUGUUGUACAUAGUGUUCCGGACUAAUCGUCUUCAACAACAUUGAUUGCACAACAAA